ACCAAGCUGAUCGUGCGGAUCACACGAAACGUUACGAUCACAACGACAUAAAAGGGACUAUGUGCAUGUGCGUGAGUGUGUGAAUGGAAAGGACUCCAGUGCAGGACUCUUCUCCCAGGACGAUUUACGAGUGAUACUCAGUGAAGUGGCUUAACAGCGUGAAUAGUGAAUACUAGCACGAGAAUUGGAACCCUGGAACCAUAAGCAGUAGUUCCCUAAAUAGUGAUUUGGGAAUUUUUCAAACAGAAGAUUCCCUGCUACAUGACUCACGAAAAAGCCGAACAAAACGACUUCUAAGCCGGGUAUCAUCAGCACCUUCUCGGAAUACGAAGCGCAUCAAAAUGUUGGGCUUCCGAGCGAUCGGAUUCCUUUUCCUCGUCCAGACAACAUUAACCUUUGCGCAACUGUUUGGUGAUAGCGCUAAUGCGCUGGCACCGAUAGGAGGCAGUCGGAAUGUACUUCGGCAAGGUGAUCGCUCAUCGCAGCAUGAUCACACGCACAUCGAGACGAUCGAUGUCAAGUGUGACCAAAGGAGUGGUAUGCUGGUGACGGUGCAGUUUGAAGAUGAUUUCCGUGGGGUCAUCUACAGUCAGGGCUAUCAUAACGAUCCCAAGUGCCGCUACGUACAAGCGAACCAGGGUGGAAGGCAGUUUACCUUCACCGUACCAUAUAAUGGGUGCGGCAGUAAACCGUCCUGUGCCGUGUGCGCUUCGGUGGACAACGUUCUCGUCAUCCAAACGGAUGAGGACGUGCAGGAGGUAUGGGAUACCGCGCGCCGUAUUUCGUGCAGCCAGAGCGAGCAGCAGCAGAAUACGAUCAUCUUCAAACCGUUCGUCGUCGAUCAGCUGGAGGUAGUCAAUGUACCCACAUCGACCGGCGGUGUCGAGUGCUGGAUGGACAUACAGCGUGGAGCCUACCCAAGCAUCUCCCCUAUUCCCAGUAUCAUUAAGAUUGGCGAGGCGCUCAGCGUGUUGGUGUAUCUGCGCGAUCCCAAAGGUGAAUACGAUGUGUCGGUGAAGGAUUGCUACGCCUUCGACAGUGCAGACUACGAUGCAGCAUCCACGGCCAGGUUGCAGCUAUCGGACAAAAAUGGUUGUUCACGCAAGAAGAAGUUGUUUGGUUUGUGGCAGAAAACGACCCAAACGGGCAGUUCGGGGGCCACGCUCGUUGUGCACAAUAGCAUCAAAGCCUUCAAGUUCCCCGAUCGUAUGCAGGUGUUCUUGAAGUGUGAUAUCGAGAUCUGUCGUGGUGGUUGUGGACCUCAGGUUUGCGCCGAAGAGAACCUUAUCAGUGCAGUGCAGACAAGUACAAGUCGUCCGACGGGGCCAACGCGGGGAAGACCAAUCCCAACCACCACUCAACCAUCUAUAGUCCCAACACGUGGCCGUCGUCCUCCGGUGACGCAACGUCCAACCCUGGCGCCUCAGCUCCCACCAUCAACGGCUCAACCACCACGUCGAGGUACCCGGCCUCCACGUCCGAUCGAAACAACGCCUUCUUACACAACACCAGCGCCGGCACCUUCCCGACGCACUCGUCCUCCAAACACCCGUCCACCUACCAUUUCCACCACGGAAUUUAGCUGCCAACCAGGCUCUACUGAUGAUCGGUGCAACGACGUCAUCGUUACACAGCGCCCUGACUGCUCGCGAGGAUCUCGUGAUCCUCGUUGUCGAUCUCGAGGCACACGACCAACCCCCGCUCCUUCGACUCCUUCCACUCAAACACCUCUCCGAUGCUUCCCUGGAUCAACGGAUCCCCGCUGUCCUACCACAUUCCGUCCCAGUGUGCGUCCAACAACACGUCCUCCACCACCACCGCGCACCACGCAACGUACGACGACUACAACAGAAAAAGAAGAGGUGUACGAUGGUGUUCCCAACUGUUUGCUGCGAUUCGAUGAUCCUCGCUGCUCAGAGAUCGCCAUCUUUUUGCCUGAAAUCCCACAAACUCAAGUUACUACGCGAGCACCUAUUGUGCCAACCGUACCGUCGGUGACAAGUACUACGGCGUUGAACUGUUUCCCUGGAUCCAACGAUCCUCGUUGCCGGACACCAGUUCUUAGAUGCCCACCAGGAACAACCGAUCCGCGAUGCCCAGGUUUCGUGCGUCCUCAACUUUCCACAACUCCCGCUGCUCGUUGCUACCCAGGCUCCCCUGAUCCACGUUGCCCACAGCCAACCCCAGCACCAAAGGAGGUCGCCACAUAUCUACCUCCAGUCGAUAAACCAAACUGCUACCCUGGUUCUAGUGAUCCACUAUGCCCAUCGACAACAAGACCAACGCCAACCACUCAGCCUCCACUGCGAUGCUUCCCAGGAUCAACUGAUUCCCGAUGUCCUCAAACAACGAGACCGGCACCGACAACUACACCUGCUCCACGCUGUUACCCCGGUUCGACUGAUCCACGAUGCCCACAAACAACAACACGUCCAGUACCGACAACUACUCCUGCACCUCGUUGUUAUCCUGGGUCUACCGAUCCUCGGUGUCCGCAAACUACAACGAGACCAGCGCCAACAACUACUCCUGCACCGCGUUGUUAUCCUGGGUCUACCGAUGCACGAUGCCCUACAACUCCUCGCCCAGUACCGACAACACUGCCACCACUUCGAUGCUAUCCAGGAUCGACUGAUCCUCGAUGUCCUCAAACGACAACAAGGCCAGUGCCAACAACCACAGCUGCACCUAGGUGCUAUCCGGGAUCGAAUGAUCCGAGAUGUCCUAAACCAACAACCACUCGUCCCGCACCUACUACAACCCCUGCUCCUCGUUGUUAUCCAGGAUCCAGUGAUCCUCGUUGCCCUCAAACAACUGCUCGUCCUAUUGAAAAGUGCUUUCCAGGUUCGCGCGACCCAACAUGUUCUGAUAAGCAGGACUCGGAAACAUAUCUACCACCGGUGGAACAACAAAGAACAACAACCACUGCACGCCCAGCAUGCUUCCCAGGAUCGACUGAUCCACGAUGCCCACAGACCACUCCUCGCCCAGUGCCUACAACACAACCACCACUUAGAUGCUAUCCAGGGUCAACCGAUCCACGAUGCCCACAGACCACUCCUCGCCCAGUACCAACCACUACUCGAGGACCAUCGUGCUAUCCAGGAUCGACUGAUCCUCGAUGCCCACAGACCACUCCACGCCCAGUGCCGACCACUACUCGAGGACCAUCGUGCUAUCCAGGAUCAACUGAUCCUCGAUGCCCACAGACCACUCCACGCCCAGUGCCGACCACUACUCGAGGACCAUCGUGCUAUCCAGGAUCAACUGAUCCUCGAUGCCCACAGACCACUCCUCGCCCAGUGCCGACAACACAGCCACCACUUAGAUGCUAUCCAGGGUCAACCGAUCCACGAUGCCCACAGACCACUCCUCGCCCAGUACCAACCACUACUCGAGGACCAUCGUGCUAUCCUGGAUCGACUGAUCCUCGAUGCCCACAGACCACUCCACGCUCAGUGCCAACCACUACUCGAGGACCAUCCUGCUAUCCAGGAUCAACUGAUCCUCGAUGCCCACAGACCACUCCACGCCCAGUGCCAACCACUACUCGAGCACCAUCGUGCUAUCCAGGAUCAACUGAUCCUCGAUGCCCACAGACCACUCCUCGCCCAGUGCCGACAACACAGCCACCACUUAGAUGCUAUCCAGGGUCAACCGAUCCUCGAUGCCCACAGACCACUCCACGCCCAGUACCAACCACUACUCGUGGACCAUCGUGCUAUCAAGGGUCAACCGAUCCUCGAUGCCCACAGACCACUCCACUCCCAGUGCCAACCACUACUCGAGGACCAUCGUGCUAUCCAGGAUCAACUGAUCCUCGAUGCCCACAGACCACUCCUCGCCCAGUGCCGACAACACAGCCACCACUUAGAUGCUAUCCAGGGUCAACCGAUCCUCGAUGCCCACAGACCACUCCACGCCCAGUGCCAACCACUACUCGAGCACCAUCGUGCUAUCAAGGGUCAACCGAUCCUCGAUGCCCACAGACCACUCCACUCCCAGUGCCAACCACUACUCGAGGACCAUCGUGCUAUCCAGGAUCAACUGAUCCUCGAUGCCCACAGACCACUCCACGCCCAGUGCCAACCACUACUCGAGGACCAUCCUGCUAUCCAGGAUCAACUGAUCCUCGAUGCCCACAGACCACUCCACGCCCAGUGCCAACCACUACUCGAGCACCAUCGUGCUAUCCAGGAUCAACUGAUCCUCGAUGCCCACAGACCACUCCUCGCCCAGUGCCGACAACACAGCCACCACUUAGAUGCUAUCCAGGGUCAACCGAUCCUCGAUGCCCACAGACCACUCCACUCCCAGUGCCAACCACUACUCGAGGACCAUCGUGCUAUCCAGGAUCAACUGAUCCUCGAUGCCCACAGACCACUCCUCGCCCAGUGCCGACAACACAGCCACCACUUAGAUGCUAUCCAGGGUCAACCGAUCCUCGAUGCCCACAGACCACUCCACGCCCAGUACCAACCACUACUCGUGGACCAUCGUGCUAUCAAGGGUCAACCGAUCCUCGAUGCCCACAGACCACUCCACUCCCAGUGCCAACCACUACUCGAGGACCAUCGUGCUAUCCAGGAUCAAAUGAUCCUCGAUGCCCACAGACCACUCCACGCCCAGUGCCAACCACUACUCGAGGACCAUCGUGCUAUCCAGGAUCGACUGAUCCUCGAUGCCCACAGGCCACUCCACGCCCAGUACCAACAACUACACCACCUCCUCGAUGCUAUCCAGGGUCUACAGAUCUACGAUGCCCAACUACUCCUCGGCCUCAAACAACGACACGUAAGCCUUGCUUCCCGGGAUCACCUGAUCCAGCCUGUCCAAGACCGUUCGAUUCUACGACUCCCUCCUCGUGCUACCCUGGAUCACCGGAUCCCAACUGCCCGCAGCCUUAUCGACCAACUAGUACUAAUCCUCCUGCUACUUAUCUUCCACCGUUCCCGGCCGAAUCGAACGCAAGACUCGCCCGACACCUCAGCCCUGAAACGCUCAGUGACAUUAACGCGUUGGCUGAUGUGAGCGACCAUACUGGUACGGCAUCCGGUGAUACCGUCAAUACGAAUCCUGACGUCGUGAACCCAUCAGCCCCUAUCAGCGCCGUUGAAUCGCGGGUGAAACGAGACAUCAACCUAGCAAACGAAUUAGACGGUGAAUCGACUAGAGAAAUCAUCUCUAUCACGCUCAACAUUAAGGGCUAUCAGUUUGAGCCCGAAUCGUAAGCUGGCCAUAUUUAAGUAUCCAUGUGCGAGACAUCCAACCUUCAUAAUGUCAAAACGUAUAAUACUCAUACACAGUCGUAGCUAGAUUAAGAAGGUAACGAUAGAUGAAGAGACGAAGGGGCCCAAUCACCCGCAACUGAUGCCUUGUUAAGAAAUCAGGUACCGAACGCUCACUGUAAAUAUGAUCAAUAAAAUGUUUCUUGGCGACACACUACUAUACGCCAAGUUUAAGUUCUCCCAAGA